GGUGAAUAGGCUUUCCUGUUGCUGUGAGCAUAUUUUAUCCCGCAUUAAAGAGGCCGCUACUGUGUGCUUGUAUCUGGCUUAAACGUCGGCAUUUGAGUUUGCUUGGAAUCCUCCUCUUUUCUCACUAACACUAUAAAAUGUCUGGCGAAAAUCCGCUCUUUCACUGCCUUGAUCGACUCCACCUCAAAGACGACCAACAACUUCAGGAUCGGGCCGAAUACUUUCAACGACAACUUGCUGUCAAUGUUCCUGCCAAAAUCUUUGACAAAGGUCCCAAUUGCCGAACGGUCGCUGCGAUCCACAUGGCGUUCGAAAGUUUAUCACGAUCGGGUUGGGACAAUAGUCUAGCAGCACAGUUAGCGGGAUGUCCCAAACGAGCAUACGAAAAUACAAUCAGCGUUGUCCGCAAAACACUGCAACUACAACCGACCGUUACGUUUGAAAGUUUAGGCGUGACCUUUGGAUGCACAACAAUGAUACCGCACGUUCAAAAGCUAUGGACUUCAUUUUCAACGGCGUAUGUCUCGAAAAUGGGAGAAGCACAGCGCAGGACAGCACAAGAUGAACUUAACCAACCAGCAUGGAAAGGCGCAGUAUUCUACUCUUGCGCGAAAGCGUUUGGUGAAAGAAUAGCAAAAAGCAAGUUACAAGAAAUGUGUGCAUCCAAUCCUACUGAGUUCAACAGAUACCUCAAAGCGGUAUCUGAUGUUUCUGAUAUGGAACUCAAAGAACUGAAAAAAGGAUCCACUGUUGCAUCACGGCCUCGGCGUAAAAGAAAGGGAGAGACAGAAGAUGACGAUGGCGAUAAAGAAGAAAAGGAACGGGAACAACAAGAUAAUGCAGAGAAUGGGCCGCCCACGAAGCGCCCACGACGAGGACCAACUGCAGCAACAAAAGCAAAAGAAACUGAAUCCACAUCAAAAAAACGAGAAAAAGCAGCAAAAAGCAGCAAUAAAAAAGCAGAUCCAGUGUUACCUUCACGAGACGAAAAGAAACACGUACCCGUCUCCGGCAUUGUGUCACUGAUUAACCGUCAAGAUUACAGGGACACAAAGCGCUAUAGAGACUACAUGGAAUGGAGCAAGAGUCUCAAGACGCGUCUUGAAAGCACAUAAAUCUCUACUACUAUUCUCCUCAUUAGCAUCUACCCUGGCAUCAUUCGCAUUUCAACAUCAGUUUUUUUACACGUAAACUGCUAUUACAACCACUUCCUUCUUUUACUUCACGCAUCCUUCUUUUUCCUGCUCCAGUAUCCAUCGUCACUCUCGCAUAAGUGUACUGUAAAACAGAUAUAUGAUAGAUAAUGUAUAACAGUUACAGUUGAUUUUAUUUCAUUUUUAUAUAAAAUAUGGAGUUUCUCUGUCUUUGACAGAUAAAUUGAU